CAUGGUGCACCAGGAGCCCCUGGCCCACAGGGAGCAAAUGGUCCACCUGGCCCAACUGGACCUUUGGGACCACCUGGUAUUGGUGGGCCACAAGGGAAACCUGGUCUACCUGGCCUACCAGGGCCAAUUGGUCCACCUGGACCUAUUGGAAUUACUGGUGAUGUCGGCAUGAAAGGUGAAACUGGUUCACUUGGACCUCAGGGAGUUAAUGGGUACCCAGGAUCACGGGGAGUUAAGGGUGACAGAGGUUUAAGAGGUUCUUUGGGAGACAAGGGAGAUGUGGGAUCAUUUGGACUGGAUGGAGAAAAGGGUGACUUAGGUAGAAGAGGGGACAAGGGAAGAAAAGGAGAAAUGGGACCAAUGGGAAUUGAAGGAAUUGAAGGAAAGAAGGGUGAAUAUGGACCUCCUGGUGAAACUGGACAACCAGGCCCACCUGGAGAAAAGGGACGCAUCGGAAUCCCUGGCUUCCCAGGAUACCCCGGCCCACCUGGAGAAAAGGGUGAGCGAGGUGUGAUUGGAAGACGAGGAAAACGAGGCAGCAAAGGAAAGGGUGGUUUGCUUGGACCACCUGGAGAGAGAGGUGAGCGUGGACCAAUUGGACAACGAGGAGAGAGAGGUGCCAGAGGUAUUCCUGGACCUACUGGUCCUAAAGGAGAUGAUGGUCAACCUGGUCCACCAGGAUUCCAAGGAGAACAAGGUAUUCAAGGAAUUCCAGGCCCUAAUGGACCACCCGGACCAACUGGACCCGGUGGUCAUCCAGGCAAAGAUGGUUCUCCAGGAUUCCCAGGCGAAAGAGGAGAAAUCGGUCCACCAGGCCCACCUGGAGCUGUUGGUCCUGUCGGUGUGAUGGGUCCAACUGGCCCACCUGGCGAUGCCGGACCACCAGGAGAUCCUGGACCACCUGGAAAUCUUGGCCCACCUGGAGAUACUGGACUACCUGGAGAGGCUGGAACCCCUGGAGAAGCUGGACCGCCCGGAAACCCUGGACCUGAUGGCCCUGUUGGACCUUCAGGUGCCCCUGGAUUCCCUGGUGACAGAGGUUUACCAGGUCCACCUGGCAAAGAUGGCAAAAAUGGAGAGCCAGGUAACUCUGGUCCACGCGGACCCACAGGUGACAAAGGAGAACGAGGAGAAAUUGGCAAACCUGGUGACCGAGGUGUUCCAGGACGAAGAGGUUUAAUCGGUUCUCAAGGACCCCGAGGAUUGAAGGGAGAUCCAGGACCUGAAGGUAAUCCUGGUGAUGCUGGACCUGUUGGAUCCCAGGGUCCAAGAGGUUAUCCUGGACCAGCCGGACCUGUUGGAUCCCCUGGAGAAGAAGGAGACAAGGGAGACCUUGGACCUUCAGGAGAACGUGGUCCCAAAGGAGAUGAAGGUAGCAUGGGACCAAUUGGACCUCAAGGACCAACAGGUUUGCAAGGAGCACCAGGACCACCAGGACCAACAGGUGAAUUUGGUGCCCCAGGUGUUCAAGGACCAACAGGACGUAAAGGUAGUGAUGGUCCACGUGGAUUAAGAGGUCAAACUGGAACUCCAGGACUUCAGGGUAAUCCAGGACUUCCAGGAGAAAAAGGUGAAGCUGGAGAUCAAGGACCCAAGGGCCCACCUGGACCUGCCGGACCCACUGGACCACCAGGAACAAGUGGCCCCAUGGGACCACCUGGUGUACCUGGAAAUACUGGCCCUCAAGGACCAUUGGGAGAGAAAGGAGCCCCUGGUUCAUCAGGACCUCCUGGUAUACCCGGAAAAGAAGGAGAAGUUGGUCUUCCGGGUAAUAUUGGACAAAAAGGAGACAUGGGUAAGACAGGUCUGCAAGGAAAAGUUGGUACCAGAGGACCACGAGGCCCUGAUGGACCGAAAGGAGAACCUGGUGUUGUUGGCUAUCCUGGACCACCUGGACCCCUCGGUAAUGCUGGUGCAAAGGGUGAAGCAGGUCGACCUGGUACUGAUGGAAAAGAUGGACUACAAGGAACUAUUGGACCACUCGGUGCCCAAGGUGAAACUGGAUUACCAGGUUUAACAGGAAAACAGGGACCAGCUGGUAGCCCUGGACUUCAAGGAGUCGCUGGAGAAAUUGGCAAGAAAGGUGACCGUGGUUUUCCUGGACCUAUGGGACAGCAAGGUCCACCAGGACCUAGUGGACCACUUGGACCAGUAGGAAACAAGGGACUUCGUGGACAACCAGGACCAGUGGGUGAGAGUGGACCUAUUGGACCAGCAGGUGAACCUGGAAUGAAAGGAUUGCCAGGACCCAGAGGCCCAGCAGGACUUAAAGGAGACUCCGGAGUGAAAGGUGCCAAGGGUCAUCAAGGACAAAUUGGAGAUUUAGGAUCACCAGGACCUAUCGGACCCAAAGGAGAACCAGGAAAGAGAGGCAGAGCUGGAAAGAGAGGAAGCAAAGGACCAAUGGGACCACCUGGACCUGAAGGACCACCAGGAGCAGAUGGACCACCUGGACCACAGGGAUUGGAAGGACCACCAGGACCUAAAGGAGAAAGUGGAAUGACUGGACCCAAAGGAGAACAAGGACAUACUGGACCAGCAGGACCAGCAGGAGCUCCUGGAGAAGCUCAGGCCAUUCCUCUUGACUACUUGGGUGGCAGACCAAGACACCAGAAGAGAAAGAAGAAGAAGAAGAGGAAGAAGCGAUCACUUGAUAGUAAAGAAGUUGAUGAGGAUGAUGACAAUGAAACCAUUGAUGGAUUGAAACAAGUAGAAGGAAUAAUUAAGGAAAUGGCCAACCAGAAGAUAACCAUCAAGGAAGGUCUUGAGGAUGUGGUUAAUAAAAUGUUUGAAGAAAUUGAUGAGCUUGCAGAAGAAAUCAAAAAUUUCAAGUAUCCGAAAGGAACAAAAGAAAAUCCAGCAGUUUCAUGUAGAGAUAUUUAUCUAGGACAUCCUACCUUCCAAGAUGGAUGGUAUUGGAUUGAUCCUAACAUGGGUGCUCUAAAUGAUUCAAUCCAUGUAUGGUGUAACCUGACGGCCCAUGGAGAGACCUGUGUCUAUCCUCUGCGAAAAAGAAGAAUGGUUAUACCAAGAAAAUGGGACAGAGAUAAAAAGGAACUGAAAUGGUUCAGCGAAAUUGAAAAUGGAUUUAAGAUUGAAUACAGUUCCCGAGUACAAUUAGGUCUCUUGCGAUUAAACAGCAACUUUGUUACACAACGCUUCACUUACUUCUGCUCGAAUUCUGCGGCCUGGUACGACCAGGAUUCUCAAGGAUUUGAACACGCGCUGACUCUACUAGGAAGCAGCGCGCAUGAGUUUGAGACGAGAGAUCUUGUAGGUAGUGCAGUGCCUUUUGAUGGAUGCAAGAGCCACCGGACGAACACG